CCGAGGCUUACAUAAUACACAAGUGAUUCUGUAAAUGCACAGGAAGGUUAUAAAAGAGGUUGCAUUAAGACAAAUGGGUAAUGUGUCCAACCCAUGAGAAAUCCAGAGCCCACAAGUUUUAUGGGAUUUGUAAGUUAAACAAAAUAUGUAUGCAUGUUAUACACAUGGUGAACAAGGUUUAUUAGAUUUUGAAAAUUCAGGCCAACGUGUGCUUACUAUAGACUAGCACGAAAUUCAUGCGUUAGCACUCCUCCUACCUUACCCAUGGCUCUGUUCAUAGGAAAACUGGUUGGCUUUACAGGAGUGUGCGAUUUAAGGAGAACAGAAGUAAAGAGAGAUUAACUAUGUUUGAUGCUUGAAGAAAAAAAAUAAACCAAUUAUGUCAUCCACUGAUGAGAGGGAUUUCAAGUCCAAAGAGCCCACAGUAAUGGAAGAGGAUGGAGAAACCAGUCCUCCAUGUGAUGGCAGGAAAGAAGAGGUAGUGGGAAAGAAAACAGACGUUUUUCAUGUGGAUUCUACACUUAUACAUAGCAUCCCAGAAUCCGAACAAGAUGACGAGCUUAAAAACUUGGGAAUUGAUGUAUUUAACCAGGAGGACUUUGAACAAGGUGUCAUGGCCCAGGUGGACCAGGCCAUUGCUUCACAGGAAAAACAAAGAAUCCAGGCAAUGCUGGAGAAGGAGCUUAAUUCUGUUGAGGAUGAUGUGAGAUCAGUCAAGCAAGAACUUGGUCAGAUUGAGAAAGUCCAUUCGCUCCUAAGGCACCAGACUGGUGUGAGCAAGGAGGUGCAGAAAAGACUGGACUCCUUGCAGAAACAGAAGGAUAAUAAGACAAAACAACUUAGGAAACUGAAAGCCAGACAAAAAACAUUGCACAAAAAGUUAUAUGGAACUCUAGAAGGUUUGCAAGAAGAAGAUGAAGAAGUUGCAGAGGGUCAGUCUGCAUUGGAGCAAGCUCUGGGCUUAGGUAAACAAACAGAGACGGAAGAGGAAAAAAUGAUCAGAACAGGAGAAAUGACCCCAUUUGGAACUAUCAUGAAACUUAUUGACCAUGAGAAAUUGAAAGCAGAAACCAAAAAACCUGCAUCUUCUGAAACAUCAAAAGAGGAACAAACCGCAACAGAGAAUGAUUUCCGUAGAGACCAUGUCAAGAAAAAACACUCCAAUUUCUUUGACGAGCACAGUAAAAGGGUCUAUCGUACAGAAUCGGACUUCAGCAAUGUGCCAUCUUCCAGAGCACGAUACCCAAAACUAGGCCACCAUUUUGAAGAAGACCCAGAACUUAGUGGGGAGGAAGAUUUCAUGGACCACGAUUCAUUCCAGUCAAGUGGAGAUGAAUAUGUUCCUGAUAAAGAGGAGAUGAGAGAUAGCUACCAGGAUGAAGGAACAGAAGAGGAUGAUCUUAUAGAUGAUUUAGAAGAAAAAGAAGACAUUUCCAGAACACCUAGUGUCAGAAAACGAAAGAUAAAGAAGAAAGCUGGGUUUAGAAAAGUGAAACGACCAAAAUAUAAAGAAACUUCUGAGGAAGAAAGUGAAGAUUCAACACCUGAUGAGAGUAGUGUAUUUAAGACUAAAAAGCAAAGGAAAACCAAAGAUGAUGGAGAUGAAAGUUAUUUUGCUAAAAGGCAAAAGGAAUGGAAAAAGAGUGAGCUCUUAAGGAAACAGCUCUUGCUUGAAGAUGGAGUUAGCGAGGAUGAAGAUGGAAUAGAGUUUGAUGGAGGAUUGAAAGUGCCAGGGCAGAUAUGGAGCAAACUAUACAACUAUCAGCGGACUGGAGUGAGAUGGCUCUGGGAGCUGCACUGCCAAGAGGCUGGGGGGAUCAUAGGGGAUGAGAUGGGCCUUGGGAAAACCAUUCAAACUAUUGCCUUUCUGGCUGCAAUGAAGGAAAGUAAACUGAGGAGCAGGUCAUCCAGAUAUAUUGGUCUGGGUCCUUUGAUCAUUGUUUGUCCCACCACUGUGAUGCACCAAUGGCUGAAAGAGUUCCACAAAUGGUGGCCACCCUUCAGAGUGGCCAUUCUUCACUCUUCUGGCUCUUAUACAACAUCAGAGGCUGAAUUGAUAAGAGAGACAGUAAGACAUAACGGUGUCCUGGUGACAUCAUACAACAGCAUGGUGAUCCAUCAGGAGAACAUCCUGAAACAUGACUGGCACUACGCUAUACUGGAUGAGGGACACAAGAUCAGAAAUCCAGAUGCUCAGAUAACCCUGGCAUGCAAACAGAUCCGCACUCCUCACAGAAUCAUCCUAUCAGGCUCUCCAAUGCAGAACAAUCUCAAGGAACUGUGGUCUCUGUUUGACUUUGUGUUUCCAGGAAAGCUGGGUACUCUGCCUGAUUUCAUGGCACAUUUCUCUGUGCCUAUUGUACAGGGAGGAUACUCCAAUGCCUCCCAAAUACAGGUCCAGACUGCUUUCAAGUGUGCCUGUGCCCUGAGGGACACCAUCAACCCAUAUCUGCUGAGAAGGAUGAAGGCAGAUGUCAAGAUAAACUUACCAAACAAGAGUGAACAGGUUUUAUUCUGUAGACUUACCAGGGAACAGACUGAGGUGUAUAAAGAGUAUCUGGACUCCAAGGAAUGCCAGAUGAUCUUGUCUGGAAGGUUUAUGGUAUUUCCAGGUCUGAUUACACUCAGGAAAAUCUGCAACCACCCAGAUUUGUCCACAGGUGGACCUAAGAUAUUCAGACAUGACACGGUGGAUGACUCUGAUGAGUCCUUGGAGUAUGGUUACUGGAAAAGAUCUGGGAAGAUGAUUGUUGUCCAGUCGUUGUUGAAGAUUUGGAAGAAACAGGGACAAAGAGUGUUAUUAUUUACACAGAGUAGACAGAUGUUAGAUGUUCUUGAAACAUUUGUCCAAAAACAAGGCUAUAACUACUUAAGAAUGGAUGGAGGAACAGCUAUAGGAUCAAGGCAGCCACUAGUGGACUAUUUCAACAAGGAUAUGUCCAAAUUCCUGUUCCUGCUUACAACAAGGGUAGGUGGCCUUGGCAUCAACCUGGUUGGGGCCAACAGGGUCCUGAUAUUUGACCCAGACUGGAACCCCAGCACAGAUAUACAGGCUCGGGAGAGAGCCUGGAGGAUAGGACAGCAGAGACAGGUCACCGUAUACAGGCUGCUCACCUCAGGGACUAUAGAGGAGAAGAUAUAUCACAGGCAAAUCUUUAAGCAAUUCCUUGCCAAUAGGGUCCUGAAGGAUCCAAAGCAAAGACGAUUCUUCAAAAGCAAUGAUCUCUAUGAACUUUUCACUCUUGGUAACGAGGACCACAAAGAGGGAACAGAAACUAGUGCCAUCUUUGCUGGCACAGGGUCAGAUGUCAAGGUUGUGGCCAAGAAGAAAGAAGAUAAAGAAAAGAAAAAUCGCUUUGAUGAAAUGAAAAUUAAGGAAGAAAAGAAAAAGCAAAAUAAUGAAGAAAUUAAGCUGAAUGAGAAAAAGCUGGCUAAGAUGAGAGAAUUGGCCAGAAAAUUGAGUAGGCAGAUAGUGAGCAAAAGGGUAAACAAUAUGACAAGCCCUGAGACUUCUGUAAAUGUAAACAAAGGUACUGAAAUUAUCGAUGAUGAAAAGGAUGAUUUAUAUGGCAAAGGACAGGAUGAGGCCAUGACCAGUGCAAUAAGAGAAUCUAUGCAAUCUGAUAAGAAUGAAGGAGUGACUUUAUCAAAGGGGUUUGAGGAAGGAGAAGUGAAUGGAGUAAAAGACAGAAAAACAGACUAUUGCAAAACCAAGGGAAAAUCUGAGUAUUCCAAAGAAGAACAGAAACAUAAUCAAAAGCAAAAACGCAAAAAGAAGCAUAAAAAGAAGGAUGCAGUGUUUGAAGGUAAAAGGGUAGCACACCUGGUUGGUAUGGACACUUAUCAGCAUGGAGGAGAUAAGACGACAGACACCGACCAUAGACAGAAAGAUGAUUACGUACUGCAGAGGCUCUUCAAAAAAUCAGGAGUUCACAGCGUAGUCCAACAUGAUACUAUCAUGAUGUCUUCCAACCCAGACUAUGCACUGGUGGAAGGGGAGGCAGAGAGAGUGGCACGUGAAGCUGUGCGAGCAUUGAAGCAGUCCCGUACGCGAUGUCUGCCUGCCGUGGCUGGUGUCCCUACAUGGACUGGUCAACACGGGGGUGCAGCAGGACCUAGUAG